AUGGAUUGUUGCAUGUUCAAUCAUUGGGGUUCUGUUUGGAUUUUCUACCGGUCAUUGUUUACGUGUCAGAUUACAGGGGAGUCUCCCCAACAUAUAACUAUUAGAGUACAAUCUCAUCUUUUCCAAGACUCCAUUAUUUUGUCUUGUAUACACGCGAAGUGUACGCAGCAGGACAGAGAGGAUUUGUGGAAUGCACUUUUGCAGGAUAAACCCGCCUUCAAUCCUUGGUUUUUGGUGGGGGAUUUCAAUGUGGUCACAAAUACAGAGGAGAAGAGGGGUGGAUUGCCAUUUAGACCGUCGGAGGGAUCAGACUUUCUGAAUUUUAUGGCGCUAGCUGGUGUCAGUGAUGCGGGAUUCUCUGGGUCAAGGUUUACAUGGUGUAAUAAUCGUUCGGGAACGGCGCGGAUCUGGAAGCGUCUGGAUCGCUUACUUCUGUGUGGGAGUGCAAUGGAGCUACCGUACCAAUUCAUGGUGCAACAUUUAGGCCGUGACCCGUCGGAUCAUGCUCCCUUGUUGCUAUCGGUGGAUACGAGGCUAGACAAUAAACCCAAGCCGUUUCGUUUCUUAAACAUCUGGACCACUCAUCCUGAUUUUCUGGGGGUUAUCAAGGACUGUUGGGUUCAUCCAGUCAAUGGCUCUCCUUUGCAAGUAUUGGCAUCGAAGUUGAGGAAUGUUAAAAAUGCCCUCAAGCAGUGGUCUAGGACGACAUUCGGGGAUAUUUUUGAAGGGGUACGUAGUGCAGAGCGUGUGGUAACCGAGUCUGAGACAGCAUACGACCUCGAUCCUACUGAGCAGCGACGGAGCGAGUUACAUCAUGCUCGGGCUCGAUUGCGCCGAGCGCUUGUAGUUGAGGAGGGUUUUUGGAGACAAAAGGCGCGGGUUAAGUGGCUUUCGGACGGAGAUAGGAACACCAAAUAUUUCCACUCCUUGGUUACGGAAAGGAGACGUAGGGCAGUAAUUCAUCGAGUCAGGGGUACUGCUGGAGAGUGGAUCGAGGGGGAAUGCCAAAUUGGGGAGGCAGCGGUGGGUUUCUUUAAGGAUCUUUUCACGGCAGAGGGGGAUCUUCCCUCCCUUACCGGUCUGGAGAUCAUACCUAAACUGAUAACAGACCAGGAAAACUCACGGUUAACGGACAUUCCAUCUCUUACAGAAGUUAAAGACAUAGUCUUUGCUAUGGAUGGAGAGAGCGCAGCCGGCCCGGACGGGUUUACAGGGAAAUUCUUUACCUUUGCUUGGGAGGUAGUGGCAUCGGAUUUAUACCGGGCGGUUGUCAGCUUUUUCUGCGGUGCUGAACUACCUAGGAGUAUCACGGCUACCUCAAUUGUGUUGCUGCCAAAAGUGGAGAACCCCCAAGAUUUUAAGCAUUUUCGUCCAAUCAGUCUGUGCAACUUUACUAACAAAAUCAUCUCCAAGCUGUUAUCGGCAAGGUUGGCGAUGAUAUUACCCCGGAUUAUAUCUCCACAGCAAAGCGGGUUUGUCCAAGGGAGGCAGAUUACAGAUAAUUUCUUGUUAGCUCAGGAGUUAGUAGCCGAUAUCGGGAAAUCAAAUCGGGGUGGCAAUGUGGUCAUCAAGUUAGACAUGAUGAAGGCUUAUGAUAAAGUCUCAUGGCCCUUUCUCCUACAGGUGCUACGAUAUUUCGGAUUCAGUGAGACCUGGAUAGACAUGAUUUGGCGCUUAAUAUCGAAUGUGUGGUUCUCGGUACUUGUUAAUGGUGGUUCAAACGGCUUUUUCAGAUCUUCACGGGGUUUACGGCAAGGGGAUCCAAUUUCACCAGCCUUAUUCGUUAUCGGAGCUGAGGUGCUGUCUAGAACCCUCAACACGCUACCCACACAAAGAGGAUUUACUCCGUUCAAAGUUCCUCCUCAUUGUUCUAUAAUUACGCAUUUGGCAUUCGCCGAUGACGUGAUUAUCUUUUCCAGUGGGGCCAAGUCAUCCCUACGUCUGAUUAAACGGGUUUUGGAUGAUUAUAAUGAGGCAUCAGGUCAGCGAAUCAACCCUCAGAAGAGUUGUUUCCUUACUCAUCCACGGGCACCAUCUCAGAGGGCAGCGGUUGUUAACCAGAUACUAGGGUAUAAUAAACGCGACUUUCCAAUACGGUACCUUGGUUGUCCCUUGUAUACCGGAAGGAGCAAGAAGGUUUACUAUACGGAUAUAUACAAUGCGGUGGCGAAUCGGAUUUUGAGUUGGAAAAACCAGAUAUUAUCGCUAGGAGGCAGGGUGGUGUUGAUUCAGAGCGUGUUAUCCUCUAUGCCAAUUCACUUGCUGGCAGCCGCGUCCCCUCCAAAAGGGAUGUUGAUGGUCAUAGAGAAAUUGUUCGCCAAGUUCUUGUGGGGAUCUUCGAAUUUCGGGGAUAAAUUCCAUUGGAUACGUUGGGCAGAUUUGUGUCGGCCGAAGGAUGAAGGGGGUGUAGGCCUGCGGGGUUUGAAACAGGUCUACGACUCAUUUUCCAUUAAACUCUGGUGGAAAUUUCGACAACAACAAUCAUUAUGGGCAAAGUUUAUGUCCCAGAAGUAUUGUGCAGGUCAUCACCCUUGUCUUGCUGAUAUUGGGCAUCCGGGAUCCCAAGUUUGGCAGAGGAUGGUUACAAUGCAGCGUUUUGGGGAGGAUAAUAUUAGCUGGGUAGUUCGGGAGGGGGCUUUGGACUUUUGGCAUGAUAAUUGGAUGGGGUCAGGUGCGCUUUGUGACAAGGUUGAGGUCUUCCAUGAUCAUUCGGUGGUUGAUUUUGUAGAUCGGCGGGCUUGGAAUGUGGACAUGCUCCAUCAAUUCUUGGAUGGAGAAUUGGUUACGCAGGUUUUGGAGAUUGACCCUCCUACCGAUAGGGGAAAUGAUACAAUGGUAUGGGCAUUGACGAACUCGGGUGUUUUUUCCACUGCAUCGGCUUACUCAUUGAUCCGUCAAUCCAAUGACAAUUCUUGGCUUUUUGGUCGUAUAUGGCAGCAGGGUCUUCCAGUCAAGGUUUCUUUCUUUAUGCUGCGACUACUACAGGGGAGGCUCCCUCUUAUGGAUCGCCUAAAGAGGUUUGGGGUUUGUGGCCCAUCUAGAUGCUUGUGUUGUCAGAAUCCCCAGGAGGAGGAUUUGAAUCAUGUGUUUUGCUCAGGAGAAGGGGCACGAUUGGUCUGGCGACACUUCGAGAGUACUGCUGGUGAGUUUAGUGGGGUGCAUACGGUGCGUCAUAUGGUGUGGUCUUGUUGGUUAAGGAGGGGGACUAAUGAUCGUGUAAAGUUUUUGCAUAAUAUACUUCCUUCGGUGGUAUGCUGGGUUUUAUGGAAGGCUAGGAAUGAAGGGGUGUUUGAAGGUCGGAAGAUGAGGAUCAGGCCUACGGUGAAUCGGAUUGUUCAGUUUCUGCAUGAUUUCCUUCAGUCACGGUUCCCGGGGGUGCAGCCUUCUGCCCCUACAUGGGAAGGGUUGCUUCUCGAAUUAGGUAGUCAUCAAAGGCGGAUGGUUAUUAGGCCAGUUUACUGGGUAACUCCACGUAGAGGCUAUAAGUUGAAUUCAGAUGGAUGUUCUCGGGGGAACCCAGGAAGGAGUGGGGGGGGUGGGCUUGUGCGGGAUAGUCGAGGAAAUUUUGUAUUCGGCUACGCGGAGCCCUUCGGGGUGAUAACCAGCAUGCAGGCAGAACUUCGAGCGUUGCUAUGGGGCGUUAGACAUUGUGUGAUUCGAGGGUGCUUGGAGUUACACUUAGAGGCGGAUUCUCUCACCCUGGUUCACAUUGUUCAAGGGACUAGUGCUUGUCCUUGGCGUUUACAGAGAGAUCUGGAUGAGUUGAUGAUGUUCAAGCAAUAUUUCACAUCGAUCACACACUGCUACAGGGAAGCAAACGCACCUGCAGAUCAUUUGGCAAAUUUUGGUGCUGAUUCUAGUGCAGGUCAUGUGUUUAAUACAUUCUCAGAAUUGCCGCAAUUGGUUAGGGGGGCUAUUAGAUUAGAUCGAUUAGGAUUUCCUACGUUUCGUACACGGUGUCUGGCAUGA